UUGCUUCACAUUUUGUUCAUUUCUCGAAUUUUUCGUGACGUUUCAUCGAAUUAAUCUCGAAUAAUCCUGCUGACUUAACCGGAAGUCAUGUGAUUAUAAAAACGAAUAUCAUCUGGGUGCGUAGGAUAACAACGAGGUUCUUCGGGAAGCAUAUAACAUACACGGUCGGAUUUUAUCUUUUAAUUUUAACGUGUUCAUUUGUGAUUUAGUUAUCAGAAAGAAACAAAUAUUUGUAAAGCAAAAUAGGAAAGAUCAACUGGUAGAUUAUUUUUUUUUAUGUGAGAGAGAAUAGUCUUCUUUGACUGAAGUGCAGUUGACAAGGAAUGACAUUGAUGUAUGUGGGACAAAUGAUAAAGGAGGUUUGAGAGAAAAAAAAAAUAAUUGAGCACGAUAAAAAAAAUGUCGGAAAGAUCACCACGAUUGCGUGCGCUACGUCCGAGGCCUCAACAACAACACCAGCAGGCAAAGUCCGAAACGUCACCAAGAAGAAUUGAAGUUAAAAGAAAAGAUGUCAAAGAUGAAGAAGAAUCAAAUGAUGAAACAACAAAUCGUCGUUAUAAUAAGGAACGAAACGUUGAAAUUACAUCAGACAAUGAUCAACAUCCUGGUGAAAGUCCUCGGAAAACAAAUAAAAAAGAUAUCAAGGACAUAGUUGAAGGAGAUUCCUCAGGGGAUGAUAAACAAUAUGAAUGCAAAAUUUGUACUCCACCUAAAAAGUACACAACUCUCAAGCUUUAUAUGCAACAUUUUAAAACAGAACACGAUAGUGAUAAAAAAUCAAAGGAGGAAGGUAAAGAAGUUCAAAUCAAGUCACAUUUAAGGGGGAAAUUUUUUCGAUGUGUCAAAUGUAACUAUAUAACGAAUGUUCGAGCUCGUUUCACAAAACAUGUUAAAUAUCAUUCCAUGCCUAUGAUAAAAUGUGACACUUGUGAUUUUCGUACUCCUUAUAAGUGGAAUUUGGAUCGUCAUACACGUAAUCACGGUGGAGGAGGAGCUUUUCAAUGUCAAGUUUGUAAUUUUACAGCGGAUAUUCGUCAGAGUUUAACUGUUCACGAGACGAAUCAUCAUGAACCUCCUGUUGGUACUGCAAAUCGAAAACCAAAUCCUUUUGACAGGAAGCCAAGAAAUGGUUCGAAACGAUAUAAUCAGGUAGGAGCAAGUGAUUUUCGUGAACCAACACUUCGAUCAAAUGAAAAUACAUCUCAACCGAAAACAAUUUUAUCGCCACCUUCAAAUUCAAUGGAAAGUGUACCGGGAAAUGAAGAAGUAAAUGAUACAUUAGGAGCCGAGUGUAUAUCAUUAAAGUGCGAUGAAAAAGGAUGCCAAUUUAUCACUGCAUGGGAUUCGGAAAUGCAAAGACAUUUAUCUGAGUGCCAUGGCUCUGGUGUUUCCACGAACAAGCAAAAAAAACCAUUACCAAUGUUAAUUCCCCUCAGUCCCGCUAAUGUUACAAAGCCAAAUAAUUUAUCGUCCAAUGAUUCAUCUGCAACACUAUUGAAAGUACCUCGAGUACGAGUCCGACCAGAACUUGCUCAAAUUGCCAGAGAUAAUGAAUUAGCAAAACUUCAAGCUAAUAAGAUAGCAGAAGUGAAGAGAGACUUGGGCAAUAAUAGUUCAUUAUCAUUUCGUCCUAUUGAUUCAUUUGAAAGAAAAAAUGCUUCAUUCUUUGAUAAAUUAAAGGAGAGACUUUCCUCUACAACUGUAAGCAAUGUAAUUCCGGAAAUUGCAGUAACAACAAUUAAUGAUCUUAAGUGCUGGUGUACUUUUGAAGCUUCAAAUUUAGAGGAAUUAAAUCAACAUAAAACAACUCAUCACACUGCCCUAAGUGUUUCUUUGGGUAUUUCACGAUGUCCAAAAUGUAGAAGAAGAUGUAAAAGUUCAAGUGAUUUGGAAAUUCACAUGCGUCAAUGUCGUUCAUCAGAAAAUAAUCAAAAUCAAAAUUCAACUGAAAAUUUAGAAAAUGAUGAGACAAAUUCAGAACAACGAUCAAGUUCAUUUCGCGGUGAAUAUUCAUUUCCAUCACAAAUGGAUUGGGAUUCAAGUUAUGGAGAAACGAGUUCAUAUGGGAAUUCGGUCGAGAAUGUUUCUGCAAAUUCAAGCCGGCGCAGAGUAUUCAAAUGUCCUCAUUGCCCAUUCUGGGCUUCCACAGCAAGCAGGUUUCAUGUGCACAUUGUUGGUCAUUUGAACCGGAAACCGUUUGAGUGCUCGCUGUGCGCCUACAGAUCAAACUGGCGAUGGGAUAUCACAAAGCAUAUCAAACUUAAAGCAGCAAGAGAUCCAGCACACGUGAGUGCUCGGGUUCUCAUGACUGAUGAAACAGGUCGACGUAAUUACUCCAAGUACAACAAGUAUCUUACUCAGGUGGGAGGGAACAACUUGGGAGAUCAAGGAAUUGAAGAAUUAAACGUUGAAGAAGAAGCCGAUCGUUUGGCAAAUUUGAUUACAAAUUCAAAUAAAAAUUAUCUUCAACCACCUGAAUUAACACCAGCACCUGUUGCUGUUUUGAAUACUGAUGCCAAUACCGAAGGAACUUCAAAUGUACCCUUGAGACCUCCUCCUCCUUUAAAAGCUGCGAAUCGAAAUCAGGGUUUUUCUUUAUUAAGAAAAAAUUCAACUUCGCCAACUAAUUUAUCACGUUCAAUUACUCCUGUUUCUUUAUCUUCAGGAAUGGAUGAGCCAAGAAAAUCCGCAUGGAAAUGUAAACGUUGUAAUUUUAAAGAUUCUGAUAGAUCUGUUGUCUUGCAACAUGUAAAAAUGCAACAUUCACAUUCUUCUGAUAGUUCAAACAAUGAUAAGAAUCCUUUUGGUUGCGGAGAUUGUCCAUUUUCAGCACCGGAUUCAGCAACAUUAGCUGUACAUCGAAUGCAUCAUCGUCCUAAUUUGGAUGCUAUUUUUAAAUGUUAUUUUUGUCCUUAUUACGUCACAACAAAGGCAGAACUUUUGGAGCAUUCAAGACUUCAUGGAGAAGAUUUGGCGAAUGUACAUCAGAAUAAUAUGGAAUCGGAAUCGUAUUCAGUUAAUGCAAAAAAACAGUUACAGCAAAAUCUAGACAAUGCAAGCAGAAGCUCUAAGGAUGAUUCAUUUCAAGAACGGAGCUUAUUGUCGCCAACAACAUCGACAGCGUCAGGUGCAAGUCUUUAUAAAAAUCCCGAAGUGCCUUCUCUUCUUCUUGAUACUCGUGAACUUCCAGAUGCGCCAUUAGUUUGGGUCUCACGUCCAGAUGGUGUAAUUGCAAAAAUGUUAAAAUGCCGCCAUUGUCCAUAUGUUUCACAACGUCGAGCCGAAGUUCUCGAUCAUGAAACAAUGCACGCAAAUUCCGCCCUACCGGGACCAUUUAUUGAAUGUCCACAAUGUAGUUUCUCAUGUUCUCGAACUGAUAUUAUGGAAAGUCAUUCGGAUAUGCAUAAAGGUUCUCUGGGAACGGUUCAUUGUCUUGUUGAUGAUUCACGUCCUGAUUCGCAGCAGCUUAAUGAUUUGGCGACUCUUCUUGGUUUAUCGAAACCGCCGGAUAUGGGUGCUGAGCCAGAUUUAGAUGAUUCUCGACUUGUGCAUUGUUGUAGUAAAUGUCCAGCUCGAUUUCUUUGCGAAAAGGAACUUAGAAUUCAUUUUCGAUAUCAUUCCACGGAAUUGGCCUACAAUUGUCAAUGGUGUUCCUAUGCAGCGAGGCAACCGGCACAUUUAUUAUCUCAUCAAAAAGCACACGCUCCAGAAUAUCAGGAGCGAACUCGAUAUUUAUUGUCGAUUUAUGGACAUUCACAGAGGCAUCCACCACCAACGACUGCUUGCAUAGAAGCUGGGGGUCAAGAAUCAGCGGAUGGCAAUUCACCACGUGUCGCUUGGAUUGUUGUCGAAGUACCGGCAACAUCUGAGCAGAAUUUUGGAAAUAAUGUCAUAAAUAAUGGUCCUCGGCCAGCAAAUCAGGUAUACACAUGUGCCAAGUGUCCUGCUCGUUAUUUCAAACUUGAUGCCUUGGAAUAUCAUAUGACACUUCAUGGCUCUAAUAAUCGAUUUAAAUGCUCUGAAUGUGAUUAUUCAUCAAAAACAGCCCAAAAUCUUGUCAAACAUCAAGUGGUACAUCGUCGUCAUACGGAGGCAACAAAUGCAAAUGCCACAGUACGAAUUCCCCCUCCCGAUCCUCAAUUUGGUACAUUUAUGCGUGGAAAUCCAAAUUUUGUUUAUCCCGGAUAUUUACGUAACGGUAGACUAAAGGAGAAACGUUACAAGUGCCAUAAAUGUCCUUCUGCAUUUGAAAAACGUGAUCAAUAUCGUGUGCAUUUAGGUUUACAUGGUGCAAAGCAACGUUAUUGUUGCGGUUCCUGUGACUAUUCAGUGAAAUAUUAUGCCAAUUAUGUUCAACAUCUCAAGAAACAUGAAGCGAAUGCUCUCGCUCAGGCCGAGAGACGUCAAGGUGACGUUGAGACAAUUCCGAUUGAAAAUGAAAUUGAUGAGGGAAUAUUUAGUGGCCGAUGUGGAAAAUCAUUAAAAAAAACAAGUCUCGUGCAAUCUCAAAUUAAUCCCCUUCAAACCUCAAAUCAAGACAAACAAUCUGUGAUGUUAAUGCAGAGGAGGGAAAUGCAAGCUUUAAUUGAAUCUGAACCAAAAUUUCGCUGUCAAUCGUGUCCCUUUUUUUCAAACGACAAAGAUAUUAUGGAUGCGCAUAAAAGGCGUCAUGGAAUUGAUAGAAUGACACCUUCAUGUCCUUACUGUGAUUAUGUUCCAAAGAAGGAGGAAAAUAUUGCUGAGCAUAAUAAAUUGCAUUUCACAAGAAUGUUCAAACCAGAGUCUUAUCUUGUUGUUGAACUUGUAUCGCUUUCCAUGGAGAAAAUAAAUGAAAGCAAUAAAAAAAGUAACGUAGAAAAAGAAAUGAUAUUUCAAGAAUGCGCAGACGGAAAAUAUCUUCCGUCGUUAGAAUCUUCUGCUUGUUUAAAUUCUCCAAAUCCAACUGGAACUCAAGAAAAAAUGAUUAUUGAUCCACAAACGGGAGAGGUAAAACCUCAACGCAACGUGUAAAAUUACUUUUGUAAAUAUAAUUGUUAGUGGCUAGAUACUUUGUUUUCAAGUCAGUAUUAUAAAUAUUGAAAAAUUUUUAUUUUCUAGUUACCUCGACAUUUCAAAAAGGCAAUUUUUUUUUAAAAUUAAGAUGAAAUUUUAUGGAUUUUUUUUUUGUUGAUAAAAUUAUUGUUUUUAAUUUGAUUCUUAAUGAUAUAUUUAUAAUGAGUAAUUUUCAAUUAAUGACAGGAAGACAGGUUUAAUUUUGAUAAUAAAAUUAUUUCAAUAAAAUAAUUAUAUGACUUUAUUACUACGCUUCGUUCGAUGUAAGAAGAAAUUAAAAUUCCUCUUAUUUUAAAUUGUAAAAAAAAUAUGAGGAAACAUAAUUGUAAUAAUAAUAAUAAUAAUAAUAUCUGUCUCACUUUCACAAAAGACGGAAAAAUUUUCAAAUUGAUUACAAUGAGCGUAAAUAUAUAUAUAUAUAUAUUAAAUGUAAAAACAGAUUAAUGUAUUCUGCGACAACAAUUCUUAGAUAUAUAAAAAAUUAUCAACUUUGCACGGUAGACAGCAUUUAUGAGAUUCAAAUUUUGUACAAAUUAACACAAAAUAAAUCAAAACGUAAGCCAUUACUGUACAUAAAUAAAAACUAAAAAUACAAUAAUAACGGUUUUACUUCUA